CGCCGCGCUGGAGAGCUACGGUCGAGGUGACGGUUUAAUCUCUCACGCCUCAUUAAAGAGGAUCUGCCCGUGCGCGGUUUGCACACAGACCGUGAGCGCAUCUGCGCAUCCUACUAAUGUGAGGAAACGCUCCCCGAGAAAAAAAAUCCUGCGUGGGUGGGUGGAUAGACGGAAGAACGGGACGAGGAGAGGGAAGCUGAAUCGGUGCACAAGAGCUCCAUGGAAAACGCACGUUAUGGCCACUGCAUAGGAAUCCAUCGCGACGGCUGUAGGGUGUGAAAAUAAAGUGGGAGUGUGAGAGGAGGAACAGAGCAGAAAGAAGAGGGAUCUACAAUGGCAGCAGAAGAGAAGCCUGCUGUGAAGAGCAGUAGCUCCAUUCUACCAUGUUUCCUAUUUGUGGAGCUGGUGAUCAUGGCAGGCACCGUUCUCCUGGCGUACUACUUCGAAUACACGGACACCUUUCCCGUGCACGUCCAGGGCUUCUUCUGCUUCGACAAGGCGUUCUCCAAACCGUACCCUGGACCGGAGGAGAGGAGUAACGUACCGCCGGUGCUCGUGUACUCUCUGGUAGCUGCUAUCCCCACUAUAACCAUUCUGGCUGGCGAGGUGAUGGUGUUUUUCAUGAGGUCGGAGGGCACGCAGGAGAAGACCAUAGUCACAGCCGACUGCUGUUACUUCAACCCUCUGCUCAGACGUAUCAUACGCUUCCUAGGUGUCUACACCUUCGGCGUGUUCACCACCACCAUCUUUGCCAAUGCUGGGCAGGUAGUGACAGGAAACCAGACGCCUCACUUCCUGUCAGCGUGCAGACCGAACUACACAGCACUGGGCUGCCAUUCCAACCUACAGUACAUCACCGAGCGCAAAGCCUGCACGGGAAACCCCCUCAUAGUAGCAUCUGCACGGAAAUCCUUUCCUUCCAAAGAUGCGGCCCUCAGUGUUUAUUCUGCAGUGUAUACAGUGAUGUACGUGACGUUGGUGUUUAGGACUAAAGGGACGCGUCUGACCAAACCCACACUGAGUCUGACUCUGCUGUGUCUGGCCAUGCUGGUGGGUGUUGUCAGAGUGGCUGAAUACCGCAACCACUGGGCCGACGUCCUCGCUGGAUACUUCACCGGCGGAGCCAUCGCUGUCUUUCUGGUGACAUGUGUUAUCAACAACUUCCAGCAGACAAAGCCCCCACCCCCACCGGUGCGACCCCAGCGCCCUGAGUCUGUGCUGGGCAUGCCCAUGGUGGCGCUGCCCUGCGUAGAGAGUCCACUUGAAAAACUCCAAGGGGAUCUCCAUUCACUGAGAUCACAUGACCAUCAGCCUCAUCGGUUCCCCGUCCCCCCCGAUGUCCUCAUACCGUCUCGCUCCAUUACCAGCGAAGUCUAGACCAGCCGUCCCAGCACACGCACCACUGCGCCGCCCAUUCCACGGGACGCUCCACCGCUCUGCACCGCUCCUACUCGACGCAGGUCUAGAUUUCCUCACCUCCAACCCCUCAUCCUCCAUAUUCUUCCAUGCUGCCAAUAGGGCCUCCACAAACCGCUCAAACAAACCACGAGACACACUUUUAGAGAGCCUGCUCGGAGAUCCCGCACGCCUGCACGAAAGCCAGAAAUCACAGGUAGGCGUCUCUCUUUUGCCAGAGAGUUUGUUUGGACUGUGGAUGGAGGAUUCACACCUGUUCAGACCUCUCAAAACCAACCCGACCUACUUCCUGGGGAACCGAUGAAGAAGUCUUGAUCAGCUUUUGGCUGAAAUUCAGAACUCUGGCUGCAACUUUUACUGCAGUGUCAGUUCAUAUGUAAAUACAUGCACUGUUUUGUUUUGUUGUUUUUGGCAUUUUGGUUAAAGGCAUGUCUGUUUUGUUCCUUUUUGUUCAUUAGGGUGACCAUACGUCCUCUUUUUCCCAGACGUGUUUAUAAAUUGCGUAAAAUGUCUGGGUUUUGGCUUUGUUUUCCUAUUGUUUUCAUACUUGCUGAAGGUAAUGACUGAAAAGCACUUUGACCAAUAGCAUGCAGGCGUUGUAUAAAAUCAGCCAAUCGUUGCGUGCAAGAAGGCGGGAUCUACAGAGAACAUCAAAGCAAUGCAAAUACAUAGAAUGUAUGACAAUAUACCAAUAGGAAAACAAAGCCAAAACCUGGACAUUUUAGGCAAUUUAGAAAUCCCAGCCAGGAAAAAGAGGAUGUAUGUUCACCCUAGCACUGAUGGAGUUUUUAAGUUACAUUUAUAGUCAUCACAAUGAAUGGUUUUGAAAGAUGACAUACAUCAACUAUCUAUUGAUUUGUUUUUGAGUCAUAUUCACUAUGCACUUGGGACAAUCUCAUCAGCUUCAGCUAUCUGGACAUCCUGUAAGUGCACAUCAAGGGGAAAAAAACUCUAAACUUGGAGAUGUUCUUGAUACUAGCUCUUGUAAUGAUGUUUGGAUGCAUCGUAAGGAAUUGAUAGACAGAAUGACAGACACACAAAAAUCAACCACAGCAUUCUUUUUAAUAUUUAAUGCCUGGUUCGUGCUCACAAGGAUUUUUCCACCAGCUAGAUGUAAUGCACAGUCUGACAUGAAGGCAUUUUCAUUAUUGUCUCCCUAGACACAAGGCUUUCAGACAUGAGACAUUCUUGCAGUUUUUCAUCAAAGUAUGGAUUGGAUUCUUAAUUUCUCAGGAGAGAAAAGCUCCCCAUGACGUCAACAGAACAGUAAAGACACCAUCUGUAUUGUUGUUGGUAUUUCUGUGAAAGUUUUCAAAAGUGGUAACUGGAGGUCAGCUAGUUUCUUUCCUGUAUAGUGAGCAACCCUUUCACAUUCAUAUCACCAUGUGUUUCUAGCAGGGUCGUGCUGCAUUCAGAAUUGAAUUGAAGAAUCCUUUUGAUUUCCAGUUCAUGAAUUUGAACUUGAGGUAGCAAACAGAUUUAGUAUUAAAGUUUUGAAUGCAAGGAAGUAGAAUUAAAAUGAAUUGAAAUUUGAAGUAUUUCUGUACAGUAAGCUUUAACUAGAAAUGAAAGUUUUAUCAAGACAAACUUUGAAUGUUGCGUAAAGUCUUUUUUGCUUAACAGAACUUUUGUA